UCAUAAUAGGCAAGAAAAGUGUUUGAAUAGUGUGUAUAAAUAGGAGAUCUUGUUUGCUGAACUGUGUUUUCGAUAUCGAGAAUCGAGCAGUGUUGCGCUGCUAGUAGCGUAAUUUGUGCACAAACACAAACGCACGCAUACAGCUUGCGGAAAAGAAGACGUCGACAAAGCAAAAGUGACAGCUCUGCGGACGUCGGAUUGGCACCUCCAGGAGAGUGAAGAAGUUGUAGGCUACAUUUUUUCCCGUUUAGCUCUGGCCAUAGAGUUAGAAAUUGUGCGAAAAAAGUGGUGAAAGUUUGAUAAAAAGUUACGUUGAAGUUUUGUGCAAGAAUAUAAUGUGAAUUUUCACAAAAGAAGCUUACGAUUUGUGGUUGGCAAUUAAGGCAUUGAAUGGACUGCCCACUUCCAGUGAAGAAAAGAAGCUAUUCGAUAAUGUGAAAGGUUGUGCCAGUGAAUGCUGCAGUUUAUUGAAGCUAUCAAAAUAAAUUGUGUAUUUUUACUGCGAAAUAGUGGUGUUCAACUGACCAAUUACAAACGGCGUGUGCCAAAGUGUUUUGCGAUUAGAAAGAAAACCUGUACAAGUCUGUCGGGUUCAAGGAAAAUUACCAACGAAACGGAAUAAAAUCAGCUAAAAAACAAGAAACGUAUACACGUAGCAGUGGAUAAAAGAUAAGGGGAAAGGUGCGGUGGAAGACGGAACCUUUGCUGCUGAUAUCAUUCUUCAAGUCGAACGACAAGCAAAACGGUGUGAUAUUCCGUCAUCCAUAGCCAUUCCGCCAGCCAGGAGUGACAUUCAAGUCGGAAAAAUGUGUCUUCCUCGGCAAAUGAACUAAGCAAGUGGCUGGCAGUACAGGGAAGAGAAAACCCACCUGCCACGGGGCCUAGCAGCUGCUGUGAUUAGGCGUCGUGCAACAGAACUGGCGGAUAACAUUUACCUAGGAGUAACAGAGCAGCUAUAUCAGUAGCAUCGUAGGCAGUAGCAACGAGACACGAAAAUGCCACUGCCGAAGCGGCUCAUCCAGCCGGUAUACGUGGCUCGGUCCGUGUAUGUGAGGGAGGAACUUCCGGCUGAACUUGAAACGGUAACUAACACCACCCUCACUAACAUCGUUCGACAGUUGUCAUCACUGUCCAAACAUGGAGAGGAUCUGUUUGGAGAACUGACGCGGGAUGCAGGCAAUCUGGCCGAGCGGGCUAAUUCGCUUCAGGCGCGAAUCGAUAGGUUGGCAAUCAAAGUGACCCAGCUUGAUAGUACGGUGGAGGAAGUUUCCCUUCAGGAUAUUCAACUCAAGAAGGCGUUUAAAAGUGCGACCGUUUUCGAUCAGCAAAUUUUUUCCAGACAAACAAUGCCGACAGCUAUGCUGGAGGUCUAUCAGGCUUGUGAUAAACCGCCACCACUGGAUAAGUUGAACUGCUAUCGAGACGACGGCAAAGACGGUCUCAAAUUCUACACAGAUCCAAACUAUUUCUUCGAGCUUUGGCGACAGGAAAUGCUAAAGGACACGGAACGUGUAAUGCACGACCGUGGCAAAAAGGUACACAAACCCCGUGGAACAGACGGUGGAGUCGAAGGUGGACGACAGAAGAAACGACCCAGGGCGCCGCAUAACACGCGCGAGAAGCAACGCCAGCGGGCGAUUGGUCACGGUGAAACCCUAAUGCCUAACAAUGUGAUUUACCGAACACCGAAUGCGAUUGCAGCGGCCAACGAGGAAGCGCUGUAUAACAGCACCAUGGGUGGUAAUAUUAUCUACGAUCCCAGGGCAUCGGGACCAGCGAGACCAAAUUCAAUCGAACUGCGACGAAGUUACCAGCCGGAAACUGUGGAUGGUGGCUAUGCGCCCCCAUCACCACACUACCAGCAGCAACAGCAACACAUGGCACAGCAAAAUAACUACCAACCGCAGUCAAUGUACGACGAAUUCCAUAACCAAUCGAUGUACGGUACCAACUCGAGUCAAAUAUCGCAGGAAAGUUUGUAUGCCCCGGGAACUCCAUCAAGGUCAAAAUCGCGACCGUCACAGCCGCCACCGGCGCCACCCUCGACAGGAAGCGGCCAAGGAACUCCGAACGUAUCGAACGCCAAUACUCCCACACGGGGUCGAAGUAUGUCAACCGGUCGGGAUAAUCUUCCGCCGCCACCACCCAUUCCGGAGGGUCUCCAGUCCCCGCCAAAUAUUCCAAACGGUGGAGCCAACGUAGCCGCGAAACUUCUGAACCGAGCCAACUCGAGAGCAGGCUCUCCUCAGCUCGGAGCCAAUGGUCAGCCAACACAACCGCAGCACCAGCCAAUGAUUGGCAUGCACGGUGGAGCUCCACAGCCCCAGGCAAUCAUCGACCAGAACCAGAUGGCGUUGGCACAGCUGAAUCAACAGAUUAACAAUCUAAACAACCUCAACAUGCAGCUCAAUCAGCUGUCCAUGAAUGAUCUUCCACCGCCGCCACCAAUUCCGGAACAGCUAUCGCCCAAGCAGUCGCCGCCGAAUGUAGCCCCACCACCACCGCCACCGCCUCCACCAAUACUGGACGGCCCGCUAAGUCCCUCGAAGCCUGCGAUGACCAAUGGCGACAUAAUGCCCAUGCCGAAUGGCAAUCUGAUCAUGGGCCAAAUGCACCAACUGAAGAAGAUUCCCCCGCAGGAAAAAAUCGCCUACGAAGAUCCGCGGUCCGAUUUGAUGAAAGCUAUUCGAGACGGAAUCAAACUGCGCAAGGUGGAACAGCGAAACGACGCCAAGGAGAACGAUCGCACCAUCGAGCGGCUGCAUGACGUGGCCUCGAUUCUGGCUCGACGCGUCGCCAUCGAGCUGAGCGAAUCGUCCGACUCGGAGAGCGACGACGAUAGCGAGGGAUGGAUGGAGAAUGAAACGUCCGCAUGACAUCACGAGCACGCUUCCGCAGCGGCCGUUACCAUUGCGGCCGGGGGCGGCGGCAAAAAGAAGUAAUUGAUAGUGAUUUGCUACUACCUACCGGUGGCUGGAUGGCUGGCCCCGGAUUACAUACACCCCGGGACGGCACGGUGGCAAAGGUCGACUUUGCUUGCCCGUAUCGACGAAACAAAAAGUAAGCAAAACACACAACACAAACGAUAGAUAGAGACUCUUGCCUUUCCAGCGCGUGCUCAUUCGUCGUCGUUGUUAGGACAUGAUUGGCUAGGAAGGGAUUCCAAAUGGGCGGAAGUUGGUUUAUUGCUUUUGAUUUUUUUUUUUCAGUAUGAGACAUGGCUGAAACGGCAAUCGCGGAGAUUAAUCGAAUUCGAACGGAAACGCCUAUUUGUAGCCGCCGCGCGCGGGAGAGUAAAGAACAGUGAUAUUGCAAAAGAUGUAUAUUUUACUGUAAAUAUACUAAGUUAUUUAUUAUGAGAUGGAAGAUUCAACUAGGAAGAUUUUUUUGCGUUUCUUAUGGGUAUUCAUCUCGAGCAUUUUUCUUUGUUAGGUUUCUACCGACGCUAAACGGAUGCGGGAAUGAGUAAAAGAGGGAAAUAAUCAAAAUCGAUGAAAAAAGUUGAUACAUAAUAUUAAAACGGUUAGAUAUUAAGCACAUAUUCGCAAAAAUAGCAUUGCAGCCCAUGGCGCAAUUCGUACUGCUACACUUAUUUCUAGUGGUUAGGGAAAAUUCACAGAAAUCAAAUUGGAAAAUAAGAAAAGUGAGGUGAAAAGUGUAUUUUUGGUGACAUUUGAUUUGGCGUUUGUAAAAGCAACAGUUGGAGCGAAAUUACCUGUAUUGUAAACAUAUUUGCAUUAUUGAAAAGAAAUGUUUAUGAAUUUACAGGUCUUAAUUUUUUUCUUACUCAAAUCGGGCGGCCUGGUGGCCAAUGGGAAUAAGGCGAACUAUUUUUUUGCCUUUUUUCCAUGUCAAAAAGAUAGCUGGAAUCUCUAAUUAUGAAUUCAAAAGAAAACGAUCGUGAUUUGCUUGAGUUUUUCCAGCAAUCAAGGUGCGGAUACUGGAACAAAUCGCUAUGAAUCUGUUCGUGAGGUUCCUCUUGGAUUUCCACAGAUCGAUGUGCGAAAAAAGCGGAAAAUAUUGGUUUGGCUAAAGUACCCAAACACUAAGAAUUGCCGUACGUGUCAUACCGGAAGUGGAAUUCGUCGAUUCCAGUUAUGAAAGACUCAAUGAUCCGUUCACUGGUGAUUCACAAUCGACUGCUGUUGGGUAGCGGUUAAAUCGGUGAGCUGUAUUGCUGAUUGCAAGGAAAAUUUGUUCCAUCCAAAGUGCGAAAUCGCUCAUAAAAGUGCGAUCCUGCAUUAAAUCGUUUCGGUAUCUUCGGCGCACUUUUUCGGAACAUUCCAAGCAAUAAGUGCGCCGAAGAGACCGAAACGAUUUAAGCCAAAAUAGCACUUUUAUGAGCGACUGCGCACUUAUAGAUUGGACAAUCUUCCUUGCAAUCAGCAAUACUGUCGCGGAAUUCAUGUUCGAAAAUGGACCGUUGCUUGAACGCUUCAGAAAGAAAGCGCAACUGGAAAUGACUGGAACUUCCUAGUCGCCAAAGCUAAUUUCUUACUUGCUUCUUGGGCAAUUAUUUAAUGCAUAACCUGUACUGUCACAGUUGUUAUCUUAGAUAUUUAACAGCAACUCAAAGUUGUUUUGAUUCUCUACAAAACUGCCUAAAAACUUCACGUAUCAUGAAAUAUUAUUUGAUGCUUACUUUUUUACUGACAGGCCAGUACGAAAAGUCAGGUUUUGUGUCACAAAUCUACACUCAAACAAUCACCACUUUGUAACAAAAAGAAGAAACAGUAAAAGCGUACUAUUGUUACUCCGCGUAUGGCCCGCCCCAUUAAAUUAUAAGACGUGCAAAUAAAACACCAUGAAGGUUUAUUUUGGAUAGCUACAAUAGCCCAGUCUAGCGAGUAGAUAUUAGAAUGUAAAUGCUAAAAUUUAAAAUUUAACAGCAACUGAAAUCAGUCAAAGACUCAGAUAAAAUCGAUAUUGCGCCAGCGAAAGUGACUCUUUUACGCCAUUUGGAAUGGAUUUAGAAGCUCAAAUAUAGCGAAACAUUUGCUAAUUAGUGUUGUAGAAAUCUUAAAGACAAAACUGAUCUUGAUAUGCACUGAAAUAGCUGCAACAUUUCUGGUAACAAAACGACACAUUAAACUAAAAUUCUCUUUCUACCUUUGUCUGUUGCCUUGCCGUGUAUGCUAAAACUAUUCUACUUUGCGCAAUUGUCUGUUCUUGAUACUCCAAGAAAACUAAAACAAUAACAAUCAUACUCAAUUUUUCCCAACAUCAUAAAAUAUAGGUAGUCGUUUGCCGCUUCGCUUCUUUUACCCCACUCAAAAUUAUAGGAAAACGCUUGUCAAAAAUUAAUAUGUGUUGAAAUGCAUCAAAUGCUUAAUAUGGAUAAUCUCGGAACAAGAAAACCUAAAGUGUAUCUAAUAUUUUACACUCGAAAAGACUAACUAGAAAAGAAAAACAAACAGCUGAAAUCGGAUCUACGUUUAUCUACAGAAUAGAUUUCAAACUGCAGAAUACAACUUAUGAUGGGACACUGACACUUGAUGACCCAUGAUGCUGUUGAAGCGGAAGAAAGUGUUCUCAGCAACACCAUAGCCAAUUUAAUACCAAAAUUAUUUAUAGUAAAUACUUCGAACUGUCAUAUUAAACACGCGUAUAACUGUGCAGUACUAAUAAAACGGGAAACUAUAAUCAAAUAAAUCACACACACACGUACACCAUGCGUGCAGGAGGCAACCACAUUCGAGGGUACAGCAGCGCAUCGGCGCUACACAACAAUAAAUUCAUAGUUAGACGAUAAAUAAGUUAAUCAACAGUAAUGCAAACAUAAACAUUCUUCCAAGAACCACGUCGACAGACACAGCUACAGUACCGACUAUCUUUGGUAGUUUGGUUGUGCCGCAAGAUGAACAAAACUAAAUAGUAGUAGGUAUAAAAGAAAACCCAUUCACUUUACCAUCUUGAAAGGACACCCAUCAGGACAUGCAGACUUCAAACUACCGGGUUGCAAUAAAUGAUAUGACAAAUAGGACACAAACCGACACACACAAAAACAAUGCAUGUAUGUGUAGCUUAUAACGAAUGACCCUGAAUUUAAGCAUCAGCCUUUUUCUUGUGCUGUUCUAUGCGGAGACGAAACUUGUGUAAGGAAAGACAAAAAAUGUCGAAAUCCAAUAUAGCAGCAAAGCUAGGCAAAGCAUAAAAACACAAUAUUCAUUAACCCUUUGAGGCGAUAAUUGUUUGUAGGAAAAAAACGUCAUUCAUAUGAUACUAAGCUGUAAUUAAAGGAAGGACAAACAAACAAACAACACUAACGAUGUAAGAAAAUCACUUUGUGAAAUAUUAGGUUCGUUUCUAGUUCAAUAAGUAUGUAUCUGAAAAUACUACUAUGCAAAUAGAUUCCGUUUCGCAGUGUAAGCGUAAGAGAGAUUUACAUUUUGUUUAUAUAGUUUAGUGUAUAUCGUUUUUUUUUUCUUCGUUGUACUAUUCCAGUCGCUCUUGAAAAUUGUUUUAUAUUUUUUUAAACUUCUAAUGAACUUGACCUUAUUUUGCUGUAUGAUAGAAUAACAGACUUCUUAUUCUACUUCUGUAACAUGAACAUGAAGCUUUGCGAAAGGUAAAC